GAGCGGCGGCGGCGGGUUGAUUUUUUUUACUACAAACCAGUGAAGAUGACGCCAAAACAUGAAAAACAGGAAUUUGUAACUGUCUUGGUGCGAGACCCCAGGAUACAGAAAGAAGACUCAUGGCAUUCCUACAUAGACUAUGAGAUAUUUAUUCAUACAAACAGUAUAUGCUUUACAAGGAAAACAUCCUGUGUUAGACGACGCUAUCGAGAAUUUGUUUGGCUCCGGCAGAGGCUUCAGAGCAAUGCAGUGCUUAUACAGCUACCUGAACUGCCAUCCAGAUCUCCCUUUUUCAAUAUGAACAAUCCUAAUCACGUGGACCAUCGCCGUCAAGGUCUGCAAGAAUUCCUGGAAAAGGUCCUACAAGAUGCAUUAUUGCUCUCAGAUAGUAGGCUUCACCUCUUCUUACAGACUCAGCUAAGCCCAGAAGAUAUGGAGGCCUGUGUGUCUGGACAGACCAAAUACUCUGUUGCUGAUGCGAUUCACAGUUUUGCCUCUCUGAACAGACGUUUUCCUAUAGAAGAUGAAGAGAGGAAAAAAGAAAAAAACGAUGCAGACUCUGAUUCAGAGAGUUCAUCCUCCGGGCUCGGACCUAGUGAUGACAGCAUUUCAUGUGGAUGUAAAGCAAGCCCAGCUUCUGAAGAAUCAUGAAAAAUCAUUCCUGUAUUGCUACCUUAAGGACAGUACAGAGCAGUUUCUGCUUUGUUUACUGGUUAUGUGUACCACACAAACAGGGCUGUCUGGUAACGUGUACCUCAAAGACCCAUCGUUAAUGCAAACAUACGUCCUUACAGAAUACUCAAAACAGAUGCUGAGACUAUCUUUCUGGUGAUUUUUUGGGUUUUUUUAAUGUAUCUUGGUGUAGGUCUACAUUGCUACCUAUUUAUGUUUUUGUGACUAUUAAAAUCUCAGUAUUGGGUGAGUCAUGCUCUUCUGACAUAUGUGGCAGUUAAAAUAAUUCCCUCAGUGAGUGCAUGUCUUGGAUUUGAAAAAUAAAGAUAAUUUAAUUCUUCAUCUUAUAAGUUGCUAUAUCAUAUCAAACAUAUUCAAAGCAUCUUUUAGUCAUUUGCAUCAGAGAAGUUUCAUCUUUAGAAGUCAUUUGACAUUGGUGAUGAAAUUACACACCCCACCAAGGUACUCACUUUUUAAAGUAGCUCAGCAACAUCAGCAAAACAACUUUCGUACAAACUAUAUUCUGCUGACAAUUUGAGAUAUAAAUACAUCUUACUCUGGUCCUUCUGUAAUGUUUAUGGAAAGACUGUUUUUAUCAUGCGUAAGUACUGAAGGCAAAAAUUCUUGAGCAUGGUUGCUUAGAAGUUUAGAAAUAUAAAUAAAAAUUACAUCAUUUCUAGGCUUGCUGGAGAUUCUCAGCUCCCAGGGUAUUAUGGAUACACAUUCCCGGAGAAAAUCGCAGAUGAGGUCCAUCAAAUAGCUGAAUUUUGCAUCGACCUCGCUAGGGCCGGGAUUUCACCCAACAUGUUUAACUAUAAGCAUUUAUAUUUGAAGGUGCUGGUAGAGGUGUUCAGCAGCUGAAAUGGGGAGUAUCUCCCUCUGAGAGGAUGAUAAUCACGUAGCUGUUAACAUCCUGCAUGGAUGUGGCUCUCUCCACUCUCUCUGAGUAACAGGAGCCACCGAUUUCAUUGUGGCUGUAGUUACCACGCUGGAAUAUUGACUUUUUCACAAACAAAAGGCAGGCUUGAACACAACUUCUUAACCACCAACACUUACUUUGAUUAAAUGUCAGUUUUGCUCUUUAUUGUUCACAGCAGCUGCGUAGUGUCUUGUCCCAGAUCCUGUCAAAGGAAUAUGUUUCACUGUGGUGUUGUAUUUAUAUUUGACAUUUAACUGCUAUUAAAAAGAGCUAGGGGGUCUGAUCACCCUAGCAAAGCUCCCAUUAACUUCAGUGCGGUAGUUACCGGCCUAGAAAUGGAUAUAAAUACAUGCCUUUUUUUUUUUUUUUUCCUUUUUUUUUUUUUUUUUUAUUUCUUCCUUUUUAAAGAAAAACUGUGGUUACUUUCAAAGGAGCAUUUUAAACAUGUGAAUUACAGAAACAACAGAUUAUUAAAUACACAGUUAGUAAGGGGUAGUAUAAACAUGUGUGGGCAUGCUUUUUUAAAGCAUCCAGCUGGGAAUCUGUGUAAUUUUAGAAACAGGUUUUAAUAGCUUGAGAAUAACAUCUCUUAGGUAACUACUUUAAGCCACUGUAUUUUGUUGAUGGUAGCACUUUGUAAGAUAAAUAAUCUGGGCUUCUUUUUUGUUAGGUCUUACUGAAUUGCACAAAUGUAUCUAUUCACCGUUUCAGCUUGUAUGUGACUUAGCAGCAAAGCUAUUUUUAAUGUAAAAGUGAUAAUGUUUAAUUAAAGCAACAAGUUAUCACUAAAAGUAGCUUAAAAUAGCUGUUACUGCCAGUCAGAGAUUUUGAUUACUUGAUUUUUUUUCCUAUAUUUUUUUAAGAUGGACACAUUAAAAAAAAAUGUUUAGCAAAUUUAUUUAAAAGGUGGGAAGGAUUAAAAACUGGAAUAAUGCUGGGAAGGAUAUUACGAUUUUUAUUUAAGACAGUGUAGGUUUUUAUUUUUUAUUUGGAAGAUUGAGCUAAACUCUUGAAGCACUUUACAGUUCUGGCUUACUAACACAUCCUCAGUACCUGACAAAAUCUACAGAAACACAAGGUUUGGAGAGCAUUUGUGGCUGAUUUUAAUUCUAGGAGCUUAUCAGUAUGCCAGCGAGUGUUUUCCAAAUGAAGAUGUUUCUGAAAUAAAUAUUUGUUUUCUAAUAGCUUUAUUGUUAUUCUCUUAUUUUCUUCAUCAUUCUGUUAAAAAAAUCUGAGACUACUAUAACUUUCUUUCCAGCUUUGACAAAAAUUUGUUCAAAUAUUUAUUUUCUGAAUGUUGUUUGUGUAGGUAGUGUUAUCGGAAUUUUUCUUGGUAAUGGGGGAGGGAAAGUACCUCAUGCUCUCUAGUAUGUCUCCGUCAUGUAUCAACUGUCUAGAAUCACAUAUAAAGGCUUUAAGGCAUUUUGUUUCAUUGGAACAUUAAAUGUAACUUUUGCAAAUGUAAAUGUUAAAC